AUGGCCGAUGAAAAGAGACAAACUCCGCUCGAGCGUGUGGGAUACUAUGAUGAGGGGGAGGCUGCAGAUCACCCUCCAGUAUACACAUACACUGCAGAGCCCUCUACACACCAGUCACCACCUGUACAAGAAACCUCAGCAUACACAGCAGGACCCUCGACACAACCAAGCCGAUCACCACCAGUUCAAGAACCCCCUUUCCAAAUAAACCACAAACCAAUCGCAAUUCCAGCCCUCACCUCCUCUUCCGAUUCUCCAUUCAUUCGCGCAUAUCCACCUAUCCUAAAAAACCACCAACUCCCCAAGGAAUCCUUCCUCGCCUUCCUCGACCAACUGAACAAAGACAUAGCCGCCAGUCCGCCCCUCCAGGUCCUAGAUGCAACAGGCGGGAUCUUGAAGUCCGUCCCAAUCCUAUUCCCACUACAUUGGAUUGGGAAUGCUGUCAGCGGACUCGCAAACCUAAGCAGCCAAGGCAUGUCUAAAAGUCGUACGGACUCCUCCGUCAAACAAGCUAAUAGGGACAUCUUCGGCCCGCGCGGCUUGAGAGUUGAAAUUGCGAAGCUGGAUGCGCUGGCACAUGUCGCUCAGUUCCCUAUGUUGGAUUCUCAGGGCAAGAUCAAUCAGCAGGCGCCUCUGUUUCUACAACUGCAAUAUGAGGCGUCCAUGGCCAGCACUGCCGCAGACGAAAGGCAGCAACAGGAAAUUGAUUUGCAGCAGAGGAUUAGUACUUUACAGCCCUGGAUUGCUGAGCUUGAAUUUGAGGUUUUGCCUUGGUCUUCCAAGUCUAAGUUGACGCGGUUCAACGCCUCAUUGAAGAAGUAUAAUGAGCCGAAGGAUGAAGAGAAGAAAGAUAUGGGUAUGCGAGAUCGGGAGAGGAGAGGUAUAAUUGGCAUCAGUAGGCGAGACCAGGAGAGGAGAGGUAUGGGCAGGCAAGGCGAUGUUUAUACUCAAGGGGCCAAACAGGAAGAAGCUCCUUUUAAGAAGGCUUUGUGGCUUGUCAUUCGGGAGGUUGAGACGAAUGAAAGGCGUUAA